AUGGUCAAACUUUACGGCGGCGCCAUGACGGCAGAGAUCCCUAGCGUCUUCGUAGAUGCUUCUAAAUUUAGGCCGGUCCCGGACACGCAGGAAGUAUUUGUUGGUCGCGUCAACAACGAAGACGUCUCGCUCAUCAUUGAUCUGCUCGAGCCCGUCGAAGCAGAAACGCCAAUCGAGGCCCUAACAGCGCACGCAGACGAAGUUCACCGUCUUUCCAGCCCAGAAAAAGUGGACACUAUCGAAGUAAGUUCCCAGGUUCUCAAUGGUCACCACGUGGCUUUGCGCGACGAUGUGGUGGUGACCAAGGAAGGAACAACUGUAAUUUUGUUUUGCCUUAUUCAAUUGAAGCAAUACAAGACUGAUCUUCUCAUUACCACCGUCGUCCAGCAAAGGGACGGCGAGCUGCCGGAUGAUAUUGUUUCCGAUUUUUCCGAAGCCCGCGCUGUCAUCAGGGGCUUUGUCGAGUCGUAUAAAGUUAUUGACCCCAGAUUGUUCAAAACUAGCUAA